UGUUAACAGGCAAUUUUUAAACUACUAAAACUAUUGUAACUAUUGUAGUAUUCGUCGCUAAUGUGAGUUUAGCUAGUUGUCAGUUUGUGCUGUCGGCUUAACGUUUAUGUUUUCUGUUAGUAUUCACUUGUUAGGGAGUUUAUAAUAAAGGCUUCGUUUGUCAAAAUGCCCAAAGGAGGUAAGAAGGGUGGCCACAAGGGUCGCAUGCGGACGUACACGAGCCCCGAAGAGAUAGACGCCCAGAUGAAGGCUGAGAAGGAGAGGAAAAAGCAAGAGCAAGAGCAGGAAGAGCUGGAGGAGGGGGGUGCUGCUCAGAAUGAAACAGCAGAGCUGAAGCUACCAGCAUCGGGAUCAGAUGACAGUGAUGAUGAAAAUUCCCAGAGGAGGAGAGCAGGUGUGGAGGGGUUGAUAGAAAUUGAGAACCCCAACAGAAUGGCUCAGAAGUCCAAGAAGGUGACGCAGAUUGAGCUGGAUGAGCCCAAGCAGUUGUCAAGAAGAGAGAGAGAGGAGAUCGAGAAGCAGAAAGCAAAGGAGCGCUACAUGAAGAUGCACUUGGCAGGGAAGACAGACCAGGCCAAAGCUGACCUUGCUCGCCUCGCCAUUAUUAGGAAACAGAGGGAGGAUGCGGCCAAAAAGAAAGAAGAAGAGAAAAAAGCAAAAGAAGCAGCAGCAGCAGCAGCAGCAUCCAGAGGAAUGAACUCACUCUCUCUGAAAUGAUGCAGAGUAUUCAUCAGAGAUGUUCUCACAUGUUUAUGAACUGGCGCAAUAUAUAUUUGACUAUUUUUAAAGGAAGAGCUAUUUGACAUAACUGUAACAUAUGGCUGAAGAGACACCAGUGUGUAUAUUGUGACAGGGAAUAAGGACCUCGAUGAUCCUUCCAGGAGUAAAGCUACAAUUGAGAAUACAUCAUGUGCACUUGGAAGGAACCUUUGAGCUUGUACAUGAUAAUAAUAAUAAUGGUAUAUUUAUCAUUGUACAAUUUCAAGUUUGCUUAUUAAGUUUUGCCACUGUGGGUUUUUUUGGGGGAGGGAUGGGGCUUACAUUGUAUAUAACUGACUCAUAAAAUAUUUCAGAUUAAUAUGAUGAAACCAGUAAA